AAAUCUGUCAGGCCCCGCCUCAGUCCGUUGAAUCUGAUUGGCCGUGUGGACAGAGUAUAAGUAUGUGGCUAAUCUCCACUUUUUCCGUAUGUGUGACGCACUGGGACAAGAGAUGAGCUGAGGAAGUCUGAUAAUUAUCUCUGAACCAGUUCUGUAAGAAGGGCUUACCGAAAUCUCCGUCACCAUUACUGUCUUCGUUUACGCUCGCAACAUUUCAUCUAAGUCUGGGAUUUUAAUUCCAACGUUAUUUGAAGGACCAUGGACUUCUCCAGGAUGUGGUCUGUGAGCAUUGUGACGUUACUGUUCGUCUGUGCCACAUGCAAUGCCACGCCAGUGUCGAUCCCCUGUUCCUACUCUGCCAACAUCUGUGGAGUGUCCACCGUCGAUCCCAUGAUUCACCGCGUGGUGGGGGGCUCCGUGGCACCCAUGGGGUCCUGGCCAUGGACGGUGAUGCUGUUGGAGCUAGGAUCUCAGGUAUGUGGAGGCGCCAUUUUGAGUGAGAAUCUGGUCUUGACAGCAGCGCACUGUUUUGAAGGCAAGAGCAUCGACUCGCACCGGUGGAACGUGCUGGCUGGCAGACACUACAUCGACAAGGUGGACAGGAACGAGAUCAAAGUCAAGUCCUGCCUGUGAUCUCAGACGACACGUGUUCCCGCGCCGACUGGUACGGGUCAGAGUUCAUCCGGAGCACCACCUUCUGCGCCGGAUACGCCGAGGGCAAGAAGGACGCAUGCGCGGCAUCUCGAGCUGGGGCUACGACUGCGCUGAGCCCAAGUGGCCGGGCAUCUACACUGACGUGAGCAAGUACAUUCCCUGGCUACAGCGGCAGAUGGCUGCUCACGUGACCUGUGGAAGCUCGCCCGUCGUGGGAUGAGUCAUGGCUAGGACUGCAUAGAGAUCUACGCUAGUUUGUUUGAUCUACCUGGUGGAAGGUUCUUAGAAAGUUUUAGUGAUAGCGAUAUAUAAUAAUAUCGGAUGAGUCUCGGCUAGGACUGCAUAGAUAUCUACCUUAGUUUGUUACCUGCUGGAAGGUUUUUACCAAGUUUUAGUGACAAUAUCAGAUGAGUCAAAACUAGGACUGCAGAGAUAUCUACGUUCGUUUUUUAUCUAGUGGAAGGUUGUUUUUUGUGUGUUUUUUUUACCAAAGUUUUAGUAGAUCUGGGAAUAUUUUUGAAUUGUGUUAGUAAGUAAGUGUUUUACAGCACUUGAAAUGCAACACGAUAAGGUCAUAUAAGUGCCGCCGACGAU